CGGCGGUCACAAGGCGCUCAGAAGGCGCGCGGCUGCUCUUUGAUUGGAGGAAGUGACACCACAACAAAGAAAGAUGGCCGAAGUGAGCGAGCUGCAGAAGCUGAAGCUGGCUGAGCUGAGGUUGGAGUGUGAGGCCCGAGGUCUGGACACCAAGGGGAACAAAGGGGAGCUCAUCGCUCGACUUCAGGCCUUCCUGGAGGAACAUGAGGACGACGUAGACGUAGAUGAAGUGCUGGCAGAGGACACGGAGGAGUUCACUAAACCUGAGCCUGCCAACGAUGUGAGCGUCGACAAGGACGCCGAAUCUGUUGAUUCCGAGACACCUGCUGAAAAGAAGGUGGUGAAAAUAGCUCCGCCAACAACCUCCGGCGAAAGGCUACAGAAGAGAGCUGAACGUUUCAAGAUGCCUGCGACCGCUGAGAGCAAGAAGGCCAUACGUGCUGCGAGGUUUGGAUCGUCCACAGAGGAGUCCAGUCCCACUCCAGGUGCCGUCGCCAACAGUAAAGCUCCUGUGAGCGCUGACCAACUGAAGAAGAGAGCGGAGAGAUUUGGCGGGAACGUUUCCUCCAUCUCACAAAAGUUGGAAGAGGAUGAGAAGCUGAAGAAACGGAAGGAGAGGUUCGGGAUCUCAGCCACUGCAGCUACAGUCGGCGGAGAAGAAGCUGAGGCUAAGAAAUUGAAGCGUGGUGAACGAUUCGGGAAAGUGUAAAUAAUGUGUUAGAGUUGGCUUUUUUGUGAAGCAUUUUCAUGGCUGUACAACAGAGACUCCCAAAGACGACACAUGUCACUAACAGGAAUCCUGUGAAUCAAAAGUAUAGUUAAAUACAAAGGCUAUUGGGUGAGUUAGAUCAUUUAAAUGGUUUGGGAAACAAACAGAAAAUGUUAACGAGCAUCAAGUCAGUGGGAUAUUAUGAAUUGUUUUCUGUUUUUCACAUUCAUUACGUAAUGGAGCAACAUAUCUUGUCCUGGUGGUCAGUUAUGUUCAAUGUUUUUCAUGUUGGAGUCGUGGGUGUGAGUUCCUGUGUGAUGUAGAAGUUGUUUUAAGUUUUUUUUUUUUCAAGCCAUCUAACAACUACGACAAAAAAGUAGUAUAUUCUCCAAAUCUCAGGUAAUCAGUUACUUUAUGAUCCAAAUCUAUAAUUCUCGUGGUUUCACGACACAAGCAGAAGAUCUGAGGCGAAAAGGAGACAGGAAGUGACGGUGACGGGUUCAGCUGCCAACGGCAAAAAGAUUAAAUCAAGAUGUUUGUGAGAUCAGUCCAGUUAAGACCAGCAGAUCAGAAACGAGGGAUGAGUUUACCAGUUCAUCAAGAAAAUGAUUAAAAACUAGCAUCGCUUGCUUUGUGCACAUGCUUCUACCAACAUGUCCUGGAACCACACGAGAAAAAUUAAAAACAAUCAGCUGCAGAAACAGGAUUUAUUGAAAUGUAACGCUUGUGAAACCUAAACAAAGUGAAGCUGAAUAAUUAAAAAUGACGAUAUUUGCAAAUGUGUGUUUUUAUCAGAGUUUAAUUCAAUUUAAAUGAUACAACUCGCUUGUUUGUAUUCAAUUGUACUUUUGGUUUGUCCAUGAACUGGUGAUUUCUUGUUUUCUUUCUGGGGUUCCAUUCAUACACCGCUUCAGUUAUCUGUCCAUUUUCUAACAUUUUUGUGAUUUUAAAAUAAAUUGUUUUCGAUUUUUUUGA